ACACGGCCUGAAUGUUUUUGUUUUGUUUUUUAAUCAGGGUUUGUCAGCUACGUGUUAACUCGUUGUUUAUUCGAUAAUAUCCGAUAUGCCCUACAUUAAAGGGUUCUUAAAUUAGCGUUAGCAUGAGGACAGGUUUGUCAUACUCUGGCUAACGCUGCAACCGGGAAACAACAGGCUGAACUUGGAACAUGGCGACACAACCAGCUAGUACACAUCUGGUCCGUUUGAUUACUUAGGCCUAUUUGUGGUAGAGCUGACGGUCAAAUGUUUAGAUCGCUCACUCGCCCUCUAAUGUUAUUGUUGCUAAAUCUGACAAAAACAAUCCUUCGGGCUAAUCAGCGCCGCUGCCCAAUGGUAGUUAGUGCUAAACGUGAGGGGGGUUUAUAGCCUACAUCUGUUUACAUUUUAGAAAAGUAAUACGCCGAAUUAACUAUUAGCAGUUCCUGUUUAAUGUUUAACCACGGAUGUCCAGCCAACUAUCAGUGGAUUACUUUGAUACUGAAGAAAACGUAAAAAUGUCUGGAUUCUCGGGGAAGUUCUGCAGCGUCUAUCAUUUCAAAGUGCAUUUUUGGACGUUUAUUUACGACGAACAUCGGAGAAAAUGACGUCCUUGUAAAGUAUGGAUGGCGACACAGGCCUAGUGAGAAACAGCCAGAGGGAGACGUCUGCCAGAUACUGUCUGAUGGAUGUGGAGGAGCUGGAGGAGCCAGAGUCAGAUGCUGAGGAACAUUACAAGGAACCAGAGUGCUCCUUUAACCAGAUGGGAAAACCCUCUGAAUCUCCUGAACCUGUUGGUGCUGAGACCUCGGGCUUCCUCUCUGCCUGUACAGUUUGUGUGUCACAAGACCGAUGGAGCGAGACAGGAGAAGAAGAGGACAUCCAAAACAACUUGUUGCAUUCAUGUUGCACAGCAGAGGGCAGUACUGAUCAGGCAGAUCAGAGCUCCACGUUAGAGUACUCUUUUUAUCUAGAUGAACAACACAAGACGUCAGACUGGUCCCUUAUUCGGCCGGUCACUCCUGUAACCCACAGGCCUUGUCUGUUCAUCCCUGGUCCUAGUUCAAUGACAGCCACUGCCUCUACAGUGAGCUCUGUAGUUAAUCCAGCGGUACCCAUUACUUCCAUGUUCACUCCCACUGGUUCAGCUUGGGACCCUCUCAGAUCCACAUCCAGGAGUGCUGGCUGCUCUGAUGGGGAUCCUGUCAGUGCUGCUGCUCAUCUACACCUCUUGGGAGAGUCCUUGUCCCUGAUUGGACACCAUCUUCAGGAGACAAAUAAGAGAGUGUGUGUGUCCAGGAGCUUGUCUCUACUCUUGGACUCUCUGCUGUGCGCCCUGGCUCCUCUGAUGUGCCUCACCACACAGGUACCGGAGCUGAAGAGCUGCACACAGCACACACUGGCCUCCACUCUGGAAAAUAUUGCCUAUGUGAUGCCCGGGCUGUGAGUGAGGAAGACCCCUGUGACCUUAUGCAAGUUGUUCUAAUUGGCUAAAAGACACUAGUUUACACUGGAAAAAGAAGAAUCAAACCUGUUUUGUUCUAAAAGAAUCUUUGUUUAUACCACACACAAUUUUUUGUGUUAAAUGAAAGUAUCUAAGUUUGAUUCAAUAUGUCAGUUUACUUUCUUGUAUUAAUUAAAAGAUGUUUGAGCAAUAAAUUAUGCAACUUUGUCAUUUGAA